UUAAUAAUUAAAAGGACCAUUUUUAAGUGUAAAUAAUGUUGACUUAAGGAAUGUGUCGCGAGCAACGUUAACAAAUUGAAAGAAAUAUAAUUGUUAAGUAAUAGUCGAUCAAAAUAUAGUAAUCUCUGUAUUUAAAAAAUUGUGCUGUAACGAUGAAUACCAUAAUAACCAAAGGUUACAAAAGAGGCAUUCAUAAAUGUCUAUAUUCUGUUUUUGAAGAAGCUCAUAUUAAUUUACCGCAAAAAUUUUUUCAUUCGAAUUACAAAAAUCAAAAUAAUAGGACAACAAAUAAUUAUGGAUUACCCCCGUCUUCAUUUGUUACUAAUUCAACUAAUAAUAAUUUAAAAAGUUCAAAUGUUACGAAAAUAUCUGAUGGAAAUAUUAGAAAAUCAGUGUUCAUUUCACAGUCAUAUGACGUAUUUACUAACUUAGCUCUUGAGGACUGGUUGUACAGAAAUUUCGAUUUCAGCCAUCAUCACGUAUUAUUAUUAUGGGUAAAUGAUCCAUGUGUUGUGAUAGGUCGUCAUCAGAAUCCCUUUAUGGAAACAAAUGUGUCGAAAUUGAAUUCAAAUGGCGUGACUAUAGCUCGUCGGAACAGUGGUGGUGGGGCCGUAUACCAUGAUCGUGGUAACCUCAAUUGCACAUUUUUUACGCCACGAGAAAGAUAUGACAGGAAAUAUAAUUUGAACAUUUUAACACGAGCACUAUUUCGAGAAUGGGCCAUUAAAUCGGAAAUAAAUAAACGAGACGAUGUAUGCAUUAACGAAAAAAAGUUGUCCGGAACUGCCGCGAAAUUAGGGUAUCCGAAUGCGUAUCAUCAUUGCACACUUCUGGCUAAUACUAAUAAACUCAACCUGGGAAAUUGUUUAAGCAAAGAAGAGGUUAAUUAUAUUAGCAAUUCUACGCAUUCAGUUCGCUCCCCAAUUAAAAAUUUAUGUGAAAUAAAUCGCAAUGUCAAUAUAUCGCAGUUAAUAUCUUCAGUUGGUUAUGAAUACUUAAGAACUUUUGCUACAGAGUUGAGAGAUGGCGGAAAUCAACAAAUUAUGAAACAACGUGGUUUCCAGCUUAUCAAUCCUACAGAAAAAUGGUUCCCAGGAAUUGGUAACUUAAGAACAGAAUUCAAAUCUUGGGAGUGGAUAUAUGGUAAAACACCAAAGUUUUCAGUUGAAAAGGAGAUAUUCUUAAAAGAUCAGGAUAAAGAACAUAAAAUGGUUCUUAAUGUACAAGUGGAAAAAGGUCUGAUCCACAAUGUAACUAUUACGAUGCCAAAUCGAGAGCAACUACCGGUGGUAUCUAGCUUACAGCGCAAAUGUUACAAUGAAGAAAACUUAAGUAAAAUUAUAAAUGCUCUUAAAUUGGCAUCAACCGACAACAUAAUGCAAGCUAUAAACCGCCAUUAACAUAAUUGUAUAUUUUCUUAAUUUGCAAAUAAACUUAACCAAUAAUUAGUUAAAAUGAUUAUUAAA